GCCGGGGAGAGAACCCAGGAGUCCUGGCCCCCUCGCGCUGUGGGGCUGGGGCUCGGGUGGGGGCAGCGUGUGGGAAGCCCUCGGGGCCGUGGGGUGGCUCAUGCUCUGCCCCCUGCCCCCCAGGAGUUCGCCCCAUCGGACGAGGAGCUGGAGGCCUAUCGCUGCGGGGAGGAGUGGGACCCACAACGGGCCGAGGAGAAACGCCGCCUGAAGGAGCUGGCUCAGAGGGAGGCGGAGCAGGAGGCGCUGAGGGGCCCCGCCGUGGUGAACCCCAACACCGACUACAAGGACAAAUACAGUCACCUCAUCGGCAAGGAGGCCGCCAAGGACGCCGCCCACACCAUGCAGGCCAAUAAGGCCUACGGCUGUGGUGAGCGCCGGCCCGGAC